UCCUGGCGGAAGAUUUUCUUCACAUCAAUUAAGCUCAGUCAAUUCCUUCCUGAAGUUUCAAUUUCUUGCUGGAACGCUGCAGCCUUAAAGAGUGCUUACUUUCAUGCAUUAAAUGAAUCUAUUAAGGAUGAAUUAGCCACACUACAUGAACCCGAGACAUUGGAAGAACUAAUAAAUCAGACCAUCCAACUCAAUAACAGAAUCCAUUCAAGAACAAAAGAAGGAAACCAAAGAAUCCCACCUGUCAGAACAUUUUCUGUCUCUGCUCCUACUCACUCCGUUUCCUCUCCGCAGAAUCAAAUGAACCCCGAACUCAUGCAAAUAGGCCACACACAUCUCACCCCGGAGGAGAGACAAAAAAGGCUGAUCUCCCGUCUCUGUUUGUACUAUUUCAUAGAAACUGCUCCUCUCACCGUACCUCUUCAUGUCUCUGCCUUAGAUGGGAAGGCCCUUCCUCAGAUCGCCCUCAAAACUAAGCCGCUGCAUUUAAUCAUUUCUGUUCCCUCAGGUCCAUCACCAACAGGACUACAAGAAGUAGACCCUCCCGAUUUAUCAUCCAUCCCAGCCAAGUACCACGAUUUAGCACCUGUUUUCAGUAAAACUAAAGCGCUAUUACUUCCACCUCAUCGCCCCUAUGACUGCCAUAGAUCUUCAUUACCCACCAGCCGUCUGUACAACAUUUCACUACCUGAGCGCAAGACAAUGAAGAAGUGUCUUAAAGAUUCCCUGGCAGCUGGAAUAAUUCACCCUUCCUCCUGUCCCCUGAGUGCUGGAUUCUUCUUCGUAGGUAAGAAGGACAGAUUGCUCAAACCGUGCAUCGCCUUCAGAGGUUUGAAUCGGAUAAAGACAAGAAUCCUCUGCCUCUCCUUUCCUGUUUUUGAACCAGUACAAGCCAAGUACAUGGAGCCACUAUUUUUACCGAGCUAGAUCUCAGAAAUGCAUAUCAUCUUUUAUCCGCCAGGGGGACGAGUGGAAGACUGCAUUUAAAACGCCCAUCGGACACUUUGAGUAUUUAGUAAUGCUUUUCCGGUUGUCUAAUGCUCCAGCAUUUUUUUCUAGCCCUCGUAAAUGACGUAUUGAGAGACUUUCUGAAUGUUUUUGUUUACCUUGACGACUUUUUUUUUAAUCUAUUCUAAGUCCCUUGCUGAGCACAAACAACAUGUCUUUAUCAUCCUUCAAAGCCUCAUGAAAAAUGAGCUGUAUGUCAAAUCCAUAAAAUGUGAGUUCCAUCAUACAUCAGUUUAAUUACUUGGAUUCAUUCUCGACGGCAGACAGGUAAUGCCUAUGGAGAAGAAAGUCAAGGCAGUUUUGAAUUGAGACACUACUCCUGAGACACAAAAGGAGCUAUGGAGGUUUCUCGGAUUUGCUAACUUCUACCGCCGCUUAAUUCACAACUACAGCCAAACGGCAUUAUCUCUAACUGCACUAACCUCAAACAAGACUACUUUUGUUUGGACUCGUGAAUUGCCCAGCUUUCAAACAGCUCAAAUCACUCUUCGCCAAUGCUCCAGUACUCAUCCAACCAGAUCCAGCCAUUCAUUGUAGAAGCUGAUGUGUCUGAUACCAGAGUUGGAGCCAUACUUUCACCCACCAUUGAGCCUUUUUCUCCUGCAGAUUGUCUCCCAGUGAAUGCAACUAUGAUGUAGGUGAUCAAGAACGUCAAGCCAUAAAGCCAGCUUUGGAGGAAUGGCGGCAUUGAUUUGAGGGUACAGAACAUCCCGUGCUGGUCUGGACUGAUCACAAGAACUUCUUCUAUCUCCAAUCUUCCAAAAGAUUAAGCCCUCGUUAGUCUCUUUGGUAUUUGUUCUUCUACAGAUUCAACCUUUCCAUUUCUUAUUGCCCAUAAUCCAGAAACAUCCAACCGGAUGCCCUGUCACGACUCCAUUCACCUGACAAUUCAGAGAAGUCCUCUGCCACCAUUCUAUCUGUAGCUGUACUUAUUAUUGCUGUUCUCUGGGAGGUUGAGGAUUUAAUUCAACAAGCUCAACAAUCGGAACCCGUUCCUGAUACAUCCCCCCCACGUACACACCGGACAGAGGUGCGUACGUAGAUUCACUCCUCCACUGGAUCCACUCAUCCAAAUUCUCCGGAAACCCAGGUAUCAGUCACACCAUUUCCUUCAUUAACUGUGGGUUUUGGUGGCCAUCUGUUCAUAAAGAUGUGAGAGAGUAUGUCCUAGCCUGUUCAGUCUGCUCCAGAACAAGCAGCCAAUACCUCAUCUCAUCAAUCUCCCUCUGGUCUUCAACCAUUACCAAUACCCAAUGCUCUUGGUCCCACAUUUCCGUCGACUUUUUCACCAGCUUACCCCCAUCAUCACAAUCUUCACCAUCAUCGACCCUUUCCAAAUCCUGUCAUUUAACUCCCCUCAGAAAGCCCCCAAACUGCCCAGCUACUCAUUAAACAUGUUUUUUGACUGCAUGGAAUUCAUUUCUCAGGUUUGGCAACAUUUUUGUCUAGCUCUCAAUGCCAAGUCACAUUACCUUCCAGAUAUCAUCCACAAUCAAACGGCCAAACUAAACGUAUGAAUCAAUAUUUAGAAUCAACUCUCCAAUAUUCCACUUCCACAAAUCGUGCUGACUGGAGUCAGUUCCUUACCUGGGUUGAGUGCUUAUAAAAGUCACAUUUCUGCUGCUACUAUUAUUUCUCCAUUUGGAAUAUGAUUAUCAGCUAACACUGACCUCCGACGAAAGUAUCAUCUCGGUCACCUUGGUCCAACAUCACAUCUGUCACUGCAAGAAUAUCUGGAAGAAUACCAUCACUGCUCUCAACAACACCUCGGAACUGAACAAAUGCCUCACUGACCCUAAAACACCUGCUCCCACAUACAACCCUGGCCAGAAGGUUUGGUUAUGUUUUGUGACCAAAAAAAUGUCCGUUUGAAGUUGACAUGAAGUUUCUGUGUGUGACAAACAAAGGUGUUAAACCACUUCGCCAACAUGAACACAAAAGCUAUAGAAGUUUGGGCAAGGUGAGAGUUCAUCUAUAAAACUGACUGAAGAUGCAUAUAUAAACUAAAAGCUGGGACAUUACAGACAUUUUUUAGUAUUUGUGAGCCUGCUUAUUUGUUAUUGAAUUGAAUAUAAUUUCAUAUUUUUGUACACAAUUUUUUCAGUCUAACUUUUAAAGUGAGCUGUUAUUGUUACAGGUAAAUUUUCUUAAGUAAUUGUUAGGAAAAGUUAAAUGUGAAAAAUUGGACUGAUGUUGAUAUGCAAUAGUAACACUUCUGUUAUGUUAGAUUUACCAAUAUUUUAUUUUAUCUUUUUGUGUCAGAUUACUCGAUUAAUCGUAAGAAUAAUCAAUAGAUUACUCGAUUGCUAAAUAUUCAUUUAUGAUAGCCCUAAACGCACCAUUUCCAGCAAAGAUUUGGAAUGCACCUUUGAACCAGACCCUCCAAAGCGUCCGGUCCAUAACUCAACAUGCUGUCAGCAUUUCACUAAAUGCCUAAAGAGGCAUUUAGUUUAUUUUGAUAGUUUUUAUUGGAGUUCAACAGUCAUAAUCAGAAUGUUCCCAACAGGAAGGAAUCACUGGAUUGAUUGAGCCAAUCAACACAAGAAUUACAGACCCUUGCUACUUUCUGGACUCCCCUCAUCAA